AUGAACUCAUAAAACGACCAAGAAAAGUAGGGCUAAGAUGAACAAGGAUUGGGAGAAGUGUUUGUACCAGCUCAGGUUGUGAAUAACUUUAAUCAAAUGGUUGCUGAUCCUCAACCUUUCCCAUCUGAUAGGUCAGCUAAGCCUACUUAAGAGAAUAACCUUCAGAAUUAAGCUCCUUUGUUAACUGAUAAGUAGCAAGCGUAACCAUUAAUCAAGAAGCUUGAUCCUGGUUCUGAAGAAAUAAAAAAGAUUCCCAAAGCAAGAAAUGGAUCUGCUCAUCAUAGUUAAGAUGAUGUCUCAGUUAAAAGUUCAGGAGGAGCCAAAUCUCCUCAUUAAUCCCAAUAGAAACGCAUUAAAAGAAUGAACAGCAGAGUCAAGAGUCGACAUUCUCAAUAAAAACAACAAUCAGAUUUCUCAAAAAGUAUAAUGAAAAUCACAGAAAACACAAUCUUCUCAAUAAUCAUGGCAAUCGUCACUAUUUAUGCUUUAUUUGGAGAUGAUAUUCGAAUUUUAUCAGUAGAUAAGUAGGGAGAUGAUGUAUUCUUUAUCCUAACCGUGAUAUGCAUGAUUGCAUUUAUUAUCGAAAUUACACUUACAAGUAUCGCUAAACCAGACUACAUUCUGAAUUUUUAUUUUAUCUUAGAUUUAAUAUCAACCUUAACGAUGAUAUUAGAUUUAGGUUGGAUAACAGAUACUUGGUAUUCUGGAGAUUUAACAAGUGCAUCUUAAAUUAAAUCUAUUGGUACUGCAUCCAGAGCAGCAAGAAAAGCAGCAAGAGUUAUUAGAGUUAUAAGACUUGUGAGAUUGGUUAAACUAUACAAACAUGCUCGCUAGUAAAUGGAAAGAGAGUAGUAAAGAAAAUUACUUUAAGAUUUAUUAAGAUAAGCAUAAUAAAGUAAGAGUUCAGAUUAAUAAUAAUAACAAUAAUAAUAAUAAUAAUAAUAAUAAUAAUAAUAAUAAUAACAAUAAUAACAAUAACAAUAACAAUAAUAGUAAAAUUCAUAAAUAUAAUAAAUUAUACCUUAAAAUGAUGAAUCCAGAAAUAAUUCUCAAAAUGAAAUUGAAGUUGCCAAGACACCAGAUAGAAGCUCUACUUCUUAAAUAAGAACCUCUUAAACUUCAUCUUAACCAGAAAACCAAAUAAAGGAAUCUAUUGUAGGAGCUUAAUUAUCAGAUCUUGUUAUGAGAAGAGUUAUUACUAUUAUUUUAGCCAUUCUAAUAAGUAUUCCUGUUCUUUCCUUAGAUACUUAUUAAGAAACAAUUAGCAGUUAUGAUUCCGGAAUUUACAGAAUCUAUUAAUUUAAAGAUAAUCCCGAAAUAAUGAAAUCUCUUUUGUAUUAAUAUGCUCAAUUCCAUGUAGGAGAAAUUUACCCAAUUUAUAGUGUUGAUGUUAAUUUAAAAGGAAAUGGCAGUACCGAUCUUGAUGAAUGGAAUUACAAUACUAAUCCAGAAAUCUUUGAAGUUCCUGCAUAUGAAACUAAAGACUAAUAUAGAUUUUCUGAUUUACAAUAUUAUGUUAAAUCUGAAGGAUCAGAUCUACAGACAUAUGCUGCAGCUGAUUUGGUUACCUAUAAUCAAACUAAUGCUAUUUUGUCAAUAUUUUAAACCGUCUUUGUAUGCAUUGUCUUAGCUGUUUCAGCUUUGAUGUUCAAUAAAGAUGUAUCUGAUUUAGUGAUAGAUCCAAUAGAAGCAAUGAUGUAGAAAAUAGAAAUGAUAGCAGCAAAUCCACUUGAAGCAGUAAAUAUAGAAGAAUAAGAAGAUUUAAUAAUGGAAGAGUUGGAGAAAUCUCAGGAUGUGGAAAAAUUAAAAUAGAAAGAGAUAGAGAAGCAUAUGGAAACCUAUGUCCUCUAAAGAUUAAUAAUGAAAGUAGGUGCUUUGUUAGCUGUUGGAUUUGGUGAAGCAGGUUCUGAAAUUAUAGCUGAAAACAUUAAAAAGGGUGGCAGUGUAGAUCCCAUGAUUCCUGGUAAGAAGAUUUUGGCAAUCUUUGGAUUUUGCGAUAUUAGAAAUUUCACUGAUGCAACUGAAGUAUUAUAAUAAGGAGUAAUGGUUUUUGUAAAUGAAAUUGCUGAGAUUGUUCAUUCAACAGUUGAUUCUAUGAGUGGAUCUGCUAAUAAAAAUAUUGGUGAUGCUUUCUUGCUCGUUUGGAAGUAUUCACCCAAUGAUUAUCAUCCUGAUCCUGACAAUCCUAGAAACCUGAAAUUAAAAACAGAAAAAUACAUUAAGUAAAAGGGAGACAUGGCUGUGAUGGCAUUUCUCAAGAUUAUAACAGCAAUCUCUAUCUCCAAAAAGUUGGAGAAGUAUAAGAAACAUGAGGGACUUAAUGCUAGAAUGAAAGACUAUUCUGUGAAAAUGGGUUUUGGUUUACACAUGGGCUGGGGAAUUGAAGGAGCUAUUGGUUCUGGAUUUAAAAUUGAUGCUUCAUAUCUUAGUCCAAAUGUUAAUAUGGCAUCAAGAUUAGAGGCAGCAACAAAGCAAUUUGGAGCUCUUAUUCUCGUUAGUGGUAUUCUAAAGUAAUAUUUGACUGAUGAAUGUUAAAAACAGAUGAGAAUGAUUGAUAUUGUUACUGUGAAAGGAAGUAUUGUUCCUUUAGAACUGCAUACAGUGGAUAUGUCUAUUAAAAAUUUGCAAGCUAAAAUCAAGUCUCUAAGGGAUAAAUUUGAUGUUUCCUCGAUGACUUAAAAAGAAUCAAAGAAAUUUAGAGUCGUGAAUAGAUUUAAGAGAGAUUAACAGAUGAAAUAGGUGAUGAACAAUUAAACUAAUAUUACUGAUCUCUUUGAAAAGGAUGACGAAUUGUCAGCUGCUAGAGAACCAUACACUUAAUAAUUUUAUGAGACUUGGAAAUAGGGAUUUGAUUAAUACAUUAAAGGAAAUUGGGGAGAAGCAUAAUCAAUAUUCUAGAAAACCUUAAUUAUGAUACCUGAACAUAAGGAUGGGCCGUCAAAUACUCUUUUAGAGGUUAUUCAUUCUUGUGGUGGAAAAGCUCCCAAAGAUUGGAAAGGUUUUAGAGAGCUUACAGAAAAAUGAUCAACAAAUCUUUAUUUGUCUUCAAAAUUUAUUAAUUUAAUUAAAUAAAAA